CAUCUCUUUCUUUCGGACUACACAUGCUCAGCCAAGUCCAUGUAUUUAUUUCUUAUGGAGCGCCGAUAGAGAGAUUCCUGUAUAUGGUGCUUUGGCCGUUGCGAGAGUCAAUUACAGUCCAAUUCAAAACCAAUCCUGCGAAUCUGCACGGCUUUGGUUAUAGAAAAUAGAGGAUUCCAUGGCUUCGCCGGUGAUGCUGGCUCUUGCUCUCUCGCUUGUGGGCGGAGUUAGUACUUCUAUAGGUGCACUUUUGGUUGUGGCUAACCCGACUCCCAAUCUAAAGAUGCUUGGUCUUUUACAGGGUUUUGCUGCAGGUCUAAUGCUGAGCAUAUCAUUCCUGGAUUUAGCUCAUAACGCUAUCAACUCAAUCGGCUUCUUAAAAGGAAACCUUUGGUUUUUUGCUGGCGUUGUAUUCUUUGCUCUCAUUGCCUAUUUCAUUCCAGAACCAACGGUUUCUCAGGGUUGGGAUCUGAAAAGUAAGAAAGACAAGGAUGAUGGAGACAAGGAUGUUAUGAAAAAGCAUCGUCGCCAAGUUUUAUUCAGUGGGAUUAUUACGGCAGUAGGCAUAAGUUUGCACAAUUUUCCAGAGGGAAUGGCAGUGUUCCUUGGAUCAAUGAAGGGCUUGCGUGUGGGCGUUAAUUUGGCAAUAGCCAUUGCUUUGCACAAUGUCCCAGAGGGUGUUGCUGUAGCACUGCCAGUCUAUUUUGCAACACAAAGCAAGUGGCAAGCAUUCAAAUUGGCAACGCUCUCUGGUUUUGCAGAGCCUCUGGGUGUUAUAGUUGUUGCCUAUAUUUUUCCGAGCAGCUUAAGUCCUGAAAUUCUAGAGGGGUUGCUAGGAUCAGUUGGUGGAGUGAUGGCUUUCCUAACAUUGCAUGAAAUGCUGCCAUUGGCGUUUGAUUAUGCGGGGCCGAAGCAAGCUGUCAAGGCCGUGUUCCUUGGAAUGGCUUUCAUGUCCGCUAGUCUUUAUUUCCUUCAAAUCAGCUUGCCCGAGGACAUGAGCUUGUGAUCAUGGAUCAGCCUUUUGGUAUACCAUAAUGUUGUACAUUUCUACACCACUGUAAUGGGCUCUAACAUGGUGCCUGCUUUUGUUACAUGGCACUGAAAACCUGUACAAUAAUUCACACACCAUCUAGUGAACCUUCAACUGACAUUUGCCUCAGAAGCAAAUAGGUUUCAUUCAUGUUUUGAAGCCUAGCAGAAAAAAAAAAAAUGGGAUCAUACUCUGAAAUUUGCUUAUUAUCUUCGAGCUUAAUUCGUUC